AUGACGCCCGAGGAUGAAGUGAAGUUUAAGAGUGCAACAAUCUGUCACAUUUGUAACAGAAAAUUGAACUGGGAAUCUGAAAAAAAUUACCCAGUUCGAGAUCAUGACCACUUGCAGAAAAAGAAUAACUUCAGAGGUGCAGCAUGCAAUUCCUGCAACAUAAACUAUUUCAACAGAACUAAAAAAGUUCCAGCAUUUGCACAUAACCUAAAAGGAUAUGAUCUCAACCUCUUCCUACUAGAUUUGACAAAACGAGUCGAGAGAUUGGAUGUAAUCCCUGAGACACUUGAAAAGUUCAAAGCUGUUUUUACUGACAACUUUAUUUUCUUGGACAGCUUUGCAUUUCUUUCUACUUCCCUUGAUAGAUUGGCAUCAAAUAUGAAAAAGUCAGGUGUCGAAAAGUUCAAGCAAUUAAAAGAAGAGUUCCCAGAAAACUACGAACUUUUGUCAGAAAAAGGCGUAUAUUUCUAUGACUAUGCUUCAUCUUUCUCAGUUUUUUCGGAGAAGAACCUACCACCCAAGCAAGCGUUUUACAGUAAACUGAGGGAAGAAGACAUCUCAGAUGCUGACUACACUCGAGCUCAAGAUGUCUACAAAACCAUGAACUGUCAAUCUUUGCUCGAUUACAUGGAGAUUUAUGUAAAAACAGAUGCUCUCAUAUUAUGUGAUGUAUUUGAGAGUUUUAGAAAACUUUGCUUGGACUACUAUGGCCUAGACUGUUGUCACUAUAUGAGUUUGCCAGGAUUUUCUUGGGAUGCGAUGCUGAAGAUGACAAAUGUGAAUAUCGAGUACAUGACUGACAUUGACAUGUACACCUUCAUUGAGAAGAAUCUGCGAGGAGGAGUCACUACGGUUAACCAUCGUCAUUUCAAAGCCAACAACCCUUAUUUGGACGACCAUGACACAACAAAGCCUACAUCGUUCAUCCAUUAUGUGGAUGCAAAUAACCUUUAUGGAAAGUCAAUGUCGUACAAGUUGCCAUAUAAGAAUUUUAGAUGGCUAGACAGGGAUGAAAUAGAUCUACUUGACACUUCCAAGAUAGACCCAGAAGGGGAAACAUGCUAUAUUUUGGAAAUUGAUCUGCACUAUCCAGCGUUUCUUCAUGACUACCACAAUGAUUACCCCCUCGCUGUGGAGAGCAAAAUGAUUGAAGAACAUCAAUUAUCACCCUUCAACAAAAAGUUUCUGGAACUACACAGUGAAAAGUUUAAGGCCUCACGCAAACUUGUUCCUGAUUUGAAAGAUAAGAAACAUUUCGUAUGCUCCCUGAAAACCCUCCAGUUAUGCGUCAACAAAGGGCUUGAAGUUGAAAAGAUUCAUCGGGUUUUAGCCGCAGACCAAACAGAUUUUGUGACUCCGUACAUUGAAUUCAACUCCACAAAAAGACAAAAUGCACAAUCGGAUUUUGAGAAAGACUUCUUUAAGCUUGCCAAUAACUCCAUUUACGGAAAGUUUAUUGAAAGUCUCAGAAAUCGCACAAAUGUUGAGAUAGUGAAAGAUCAAAAAUCUGCAAAACGUCUUACUUCUAAACCACAGUUCAUUGGUUUUCACAUGCUGGAUGACCAAACAACUGUUGUACAAUCAGUAAAACGCAAUUUAGUCCUGAACAAACCCAUAGCUUGUGGAUUUAUUGUAUUGGAAAAUGCGAAAAACAUCAUGGGGGAGUUCUGGUAUGAUGUUCUCAAACCAAAAUAUGGAAACGACAUCAAACUUAUCCUUAGUGAUACCGACAGCUUCAUCUAUGGUGUUUUCACCAGGGAUGGAUAUGAAGAUUUUCUAGCCAGUCAUCGAUAUAGCUUCCAUCGUAAGAAUGACAUCUAUGAGAAUAAAAAUGUGUCUGAUGAUGAGUCCAUUACAACAAACAACUCUGGAAACAAGAAUGAUCAGAAACACGAGAUGAACUCCUUAUCGAAGACAGGUGAUAGUAUGGACGAUGAAUAUCCUACCGACACUGAUGAUAGCAUGGAUGAAGAUAAAGAUGAUGAUUCUACAAAGGAUUACUCAAGUGACAAUGAAUCAAUAAAUGAAGACAAUGACCUCAAUGAAAGUACAGACGAUGAAAUCGUUAAGAAAUGUGACAUGAUCGUACAAAGUCUUAAGUACUGA